AUGGAAGUCAAUGGUGAACGAGAUAUAGCUGGUAUUUUAAGCGCGGCUUUAAUGCCAUUGAAAGAUAUGAAACAUGCAGAUAUUUUGGACCAGUAUGAAAUGAACAUGGCUGAUGGAAAUAUAACACCUGACGUUCUAGAACAUUUAUCUCAAAGAACUACACAGAACCAUAGAGAUGGUAUAUUUGGUGAAGAGUUUAGAAAGAAAGUUAUGGACAGAGAAGGAAGAGAACCUAUUGUACAUGACCUUGCAAACGAAAGUUUACAAAAUGUCAUAAAAACUUACUUUGCAGACAAUGAACCGAGAAGGGAUGAAUAUUUAAGAAAACUCAAAUGGACAGUACCAAAUGAAAUGUUAGUAUUGAAAAACAUGUUCCUUGACAAAAUAAAACCAACUACAGAAAUAAACGACGCAAGACUGAAAGAUUGGGUAAAAGCUUUCCCAUUCACAAAAGAUAUAGUUGGUAACAUGGAAAGAAAACCAGAAUGGCUACAAAAACAUAUAUUUGGAAACGAGCAUAUUCCAUAUGGACAGGCACUGUUUGAAGAGCUUGAACCAGAAACUCAGGAAAGAGUCAUGCAAACAAUACGCAAAGACUCAAAUACAGACUAUGACAAACUCUUUCUAGGAUAUAGGUUACCUGAGAUGGGCGACCAGAGCCAAAAGGCAAAAAGGACAUGGGAAAUUUGCAACAUACUAGAUGAACAUAAUGCAAAGAUGCAACAACUUCAAGCAGAGGGCAAUGAAGGAAAAAGAAGAGUUAAAAACUCAGUCAGGAAGAAAGUAAAGCUUGGUCCACGUGGGUUCUAUUAUGACAUAUAA